AUGAGCCCGAUUGACCAGAAUAUCAGAGUUUCCCUUCAAUAUAACAAGUCAACCGAUAUUAGGCGUUAUAAUCUUCCGACAGCAGAUGAGAUUGCGGUUAUCGUUCCAGAAAUAACUUAUAAGGAGACUGGGGUGCGAGAUAUUAUAUUGCAUUUGAGAGAAAACAACGGGUUGAAACAAAUUUCGGAGUGUCAUCCGGCGUACUUGCCUUUACAUUAUGUUUUACUAUUUCCUUUUGGUGAGCUGGGACGGUCACCGACAAUGAGGCAAUGGGAUGCAGUCACCCAAACAUAUACGAAAACCAAAUUAUCUCAAAUGGAGUAUUACAGUUACCGCAUAUUUGAACGCACCGAAGAAUAUUCCACCAUCUUAAGAGCUAGAAAACUAUUUCAAGAGUUCUUAUUUGAUGCAUGGGCAGCGACAGAGCAGAGUAAGUUGGCAUGGCUCAGAUUCAACCAACCAACUUUACGUUCUGACCAAUACAGUUGCAUUGCUGAUAUAAAAAAUGCUGAUUUAAAUCCAGGUGAUAGAGGUAAUCCUGUUAUUUUACCAUCUUCACACACUGGGAGCGGAAGGCAUAUGCACGAGAUAUAUCAGGAUUCGAUGGCUAUUACACGUUUUCACCACCAUCCAGACAUUUUUCUUACAAUGACUGCAAACCCAAAUUGGCCAGAAAUAAGAAAUGCACUUAUUGGCAAUCAGAGUGUCACUGAUCGUCCUGAUUUGGUGGCUCGAGUUUUUGAGCUGAAAAGAAAAGCAUUGAUGAAAGAAAUAAAGGAAAAAAAGGUGUUCGGCACGGUUGUCGCCCAUGUUUAUACAAUCGAGUUUCAGAAACACAUGGUUGAUAGAUUUGUUUCUGCUGAAUUUCCUGAUGAGAGAAAUGACCCAAUACUGUUUGACCCAAAAUGUAUGGUUCAUGGUCCAUGUGGAGAACGAGAUCCAGGUGCAGCAUGUAUGUCAAAAGGAAAAUGUACGAAAGGAUAUCCAAAGAAGUACACUGACACAACAACUUUGGACGAGGGUGGGUAUCCCAGUUAUCGUCGUCGUCGGGAUGGAAUAGAGGUAACUGUCAGAAACAACAAAAAGGCGUAUAAUAUAUAUGUUGUACCCUAUAACCCGCAUCUCUCAAGAAUGUUCAAUUGCCACAUCAAUGUUGAAAUAUGUGCAGGCAUAAGAGAUGUAAAAUAUAUUAACAAAUACAUUCAUAAAGGGGGUGACCGAGCAACGAUGGUUUUGAGAGAACAUGACGAGAUUCAACAAUAUAUUGAUGCAAGGUACAUUGGACCACCUGAGGCUGUAUGGCGUUUACUUGAGUACCACUUCCAUGAAGAAUAUCCUGUUGUACAGCGGUUGGCAGUUCAUUUACAGAAUAAGCAACGGGUUGUUUACAAUGCAAGGCAAUCAAUGACCUCGGUUAUACGAACAACACAAGAACAUAAGACGACUUUGAUGGGUUAUUUUGAAUAUUAUGCUAAAAAUCCUACUGCCCCGGCCUAUACUUAUCAAGAGUUCCCGCAACACUUUGUAUGGAGUAAAAAGGCUAAAGAGUGGAAAAUUAGACAACAAGGAUUUGCAAUUGGAAGAAUGUAUUUUGUUAGCCCUAACGCUGGAGAGUUGUACUACUUACGUAUGUUACUCACAACUGUUAGAGGUGUUAAUUAUUUUGAAGACUUGAAGACUGUAAGUAAUGGAGACGUAGACGAGGUGCACAAUACGUUUCAAGAUGCAUGUAUUGUACUUGGGAUUUUAGCACAUGAUGGAGAAUCAGAAAAAUGUCUUCAAGAAGCAGUGGUUAUGCAAACUGGAAAUCAGCUGAGGAAACUAUUUUGUAUUAUCCUAUCGCAAUGUAAUCCAUCAAGACCGGAGGUGUUGUGGGAGAAAUUUGGAAUGAAUAUAUGUGAUUAUCUACCACAUAGAUUGCGAACAAGGUUUAACAUCCAGAAUCCAACAGAUGAACUUGCAAUGGAUUACAGAUUAUACUUGUUGGAUCAACUGCUUCAACGAUCUGGAAAAAAACUAGAAAAAUAUGAAUCAAUGCCGAAACCAAGACAUGAUUGGGGUCAAAUAGUAGGUAACAGAUACAUUUGGGACCAUAGACAACUUCAGUUUGCAUUAAGUGAUUCGGUGAUUCAGUCAGAUAUUGAGAAAUUGAAUGUUGCACAACGUUCGGCGUACAAUGCGAUAGUGGAUUCUUGCAGGGACUGGAAAAACUUUUUGUACAACACAAUAGCAAGAAGAUGUCGUAAAGAUGGAAAAAUAGUCUUAACUGUUGCUUCAUCUGGUAUCGCUUCACUAGUUCUUGAUGGAGGUCGAACGGCACAUUCCACUUUUAAGAUUCCAUUUGAAGUCCAAGACGAUAACGAUAUUAGUAUUAGUAAAGACUCGGAUUAUGCCCAGCUGCUUAAAGAAGUAAGAUUGAUCAUAUGGGAUGAAGUUUCAAUUCAACAUAGAUUUUGUGUGGAAGCAGUUGAUCGCCUACUAUGA